UCCUCAUUUUGCUCAAUCGAAGCUCGGGGACACUCUUUGCACGGAGAAUAUCAAACAGUAGAGAGAGAAAGAGAGUGCGAGGAGAGAGAAAGCCACAUCAAUGGCGGUUAGGGUUUACUGUUGAUCCCCCAAACCUUCAUUCCCUUACUGUACUUGUUUCACCUCUCUCGUUCUCGUUCUACUUGUCCUCAAAACCCUAAUUCGGCCCAAAAUUCAGCAUCGCUGCUUUGUUUUUGCUUCCAGACUUUGAGCUACUGAGAUGGUUGGGCCGGAGAAAUCUCAGCGUGUCAAGGUCUACCGACUGAAUGAUGAUGGGAAAUGGGAUGAUCAGGGUACUGGGCUUGCCACUGUUGAAUUUUUGGAGCGAUCAGAAGAACUGGGUUUAUAUGUUUAUGACGAAGAUGACAAUGAUAUCAUACUUUUAAAUCGCAUCAGUUCUGAAGAUAUUUACAGGAAACAAGAAGAUACAAUAAUUUCAUGGAGAGAUCCAGAAUUUGCCACAGAAUUGGCGCUUAGUUUUCAAGAACCCGAUGGAUGUGCUUACAUAUGGGAUCAGAUUUGCAAUGUGCAAAGGAAUAUGCAAUUUAAUACAUUAAACAGCGAUGCAUUUCACAGUGUAAACAGUGAGUUGCGGGAGUUGCCGGCAGUUGUGUUGUCAACCCUUCCUUUGAUUCUUAAGAUUGUGGUUGAAAAUGGCAUUGCUGAACAAUUGCGGCUUACAGAAUUAGUAUUAAGUGAUCAAGAUUUUUUCCGGAAGCUUAUUGAAGUUUUCAGAGUUUGUGAAGACUUGGAAGAUAUGGAUAGCCUUCACAUGAUUUUCAAAAUAAUCAAAGGAAUCAUUUUGCUUAAUAGUACACAAAUUUUUGAGCGAAUAUUCAGUGAUGAAUUUAUAAUGGACAUUAUUGGCGCCUUGGAGUAUGAUCCAGAGGUGCCUCAUGUUCAACAUCAUCGUAAAUUCUUACAGGAGCAUGCCAUUUUUAAGGAGGCCAUACCUAUAAAAAAUUCAGUUGUGCUAUCGAAGAUACAUCAAACGUAUAGAAUUGGUUUUUUGAAGGAUGUUGUUUUGGCUAGAGUAUUGGAUGAGGCAACUGCUGCAAAUCUUAACUCUAUAAUACAUGGAAAUAAUGCCACUGUUGUUUCUUUAUUGAAGGAUGACAAUACAUUUAUCCAGGAGUUGUUUGCUAGGUUAAAAUCGCCCACCACCUCUCCUGAAUCAAAGAAAAACAUGGUUCAUUUCUUGUAUGAGUUCUGUGGUUUAAGCAAAAGCUUACAGAUGGUACAGCAGCAUCGGCUUUUUAGGGAUUUGAUGAAUGAGGGUAUCUUUGACAUUGUCACUGAUGUCUUGCAAAGUCAAGACAAGAAGCUUGUGCUUACUGGAACAGAUAUCCUCAUUCUCUUCAUGAAUCAGGAUCCUAAUCUUCUGCGGUCCUAUGUUGUUCGGCAGGAAGGAAUUACACUUCUUGGACUGUUGGUUAGAGGAAUGAUAACGGAUUUUGGAGAUGACAUGCACUGCCAGUUUCUUGAGAUACUUCGCAGUCUAUUAGACUCAUGUACAUUGUCUGGAGCACAGAAAGACUCUAUUAUUGACAUUUUCUAUGACAAGCAUUUGGGUCAACUGAUCGAAGUGGUAACAGCAUCAUGUCCUUCAGAAAAUGUUGCUCAUGUAAGCAGCAAAACCAUAGAUCAUGAUCAAGGAGUCCAAAAUCGGAGUGGCACAAAGCCAGAGAUUCUAUCGAACAUAUGUGAAUUACUAUGCUUUUGUGUCCUCCACCACCCAUACCGGAUAAAGUGCAACUUCCUUCUGAAUAAUGUGAUUGAAAAGAUUUUGUUACUGACACGGAGAAGGGAAAAAUAUCUCGUUGCUGGUGCUGUUCGGUUUGUUCGUAUUAUUCUUUCACGUCAUGAUGACCAUCUGAUAAAUUAUUUUGUUAGAAAUGAUCUUCUCAAACCAGUUGUAGAUGUUUUUGUGGCUAAUGGCAAUCGCUACAAUCUGCUAAAUUCGGCUGUUCUUGAACUUUUUGAGUAUAUUCGCAAGGAGAAUAUGAACCCAUUGCUGAAAUAUAUAGUUGAUUCUUUUUGGGACAAGCUAGUGCAAUUUGAGUAUUUGGCUUCCAUUCAUUCCCUGAAAGUAAAAUAUGAGCAGUGUUUGGAAAAUGAUGGGACAAACGGUACUGCUAUUAUGAAUGACUUUCGAAGACGACUUGAUGAGCGUGCCUUGGAGAAAGAGGAAGACUACUUUACUGAGGGCAGUGAUGAUGAGGACACGACCUCUGCAUCCAUUCCACAUAAUCAGAAAGGGCAGCAGAAAGAACCUGUAUUAACCAAUGGAGUUGCUGCAAGCCACACAGAUUCAAGUCCAAGGUUUGGUGGACUGGUUGACUAUGAUGAUGAUGAGGAUGAUGAAGACUACAAGCCACCACCACCAAGGAAGCAGCUAGAAGCUUCUGAAGAGGAUGAAAGGACAAUAGAGUCUCUCAGGCUGAAAAGGAAAUCACCUUCAAAGGAUAAUGAACCUGAGCUUGUACAGAAGCAGAAGUUGUCUAAAAAUUCAAAAUCAAGUGUUUUUUCUGCCUUGUGUUCGACAUUGGGCCAGGCUGUGCUACCAGAUAAGGAAACUGCAACAAACAUUCAUACUGAUGGGAGGAUGAGCUCAAGUGAAGACAAUCGAGAAAAUGAGACAAAUGUUUCUAGAAGCUGCUCUGAGAAUAGCAGCACAACAGCUGACGAGAAUCACUUAGAUAAAGAAACUGCUGCAUAUAGAAACUCUUCUGAUGGGUUACAGGGCACUACAGAUAAUGGGCAGUUGGGUGGCGAGGAGCAUACAUUGGUUUCACCAAAAUCCUCACCUGAGAUGGCCAUAAAUGGAUCUUAAGACUUGAAAACAACAUAGAGGAAGGCAGAUUGUGCUGUUUGACCUUGGAAUUUUCCGGUGGCAAAGUGGUUGCUGUGCCUUGUGUGAGACAAAAGGGUUCUUACGAUGAUACCAUACAGUGCCAUUCAGAGGUGGCUAGAUAUGAUGCAGCAACUUGGAUUUGCUCCUAUGCUUUGGUUUUCGGGCUUUGAACAUAGUAACAGUUGCUUUUCUAUAACAUUCACCAGCAAUAAAUCUCGUUUUCUUUUCCUCCUCACAAAUUUUUACCUCUUCCAGCUCAUUUUCAAAAAAUUUGCCCGAGUAUAGGAUGGGGGGUUGGUCUUGUAUUUUUUUUAACCUUUUGACCUUGCACUAGCUAUAUUAACUUCUUGGUAGAGGGCGCCAAUAUGUGCCCUACACAGGUUAUACUCUUCUGUUCCCCCUUUCUUAUGGUGGAAGUGAUAUAGGGAUAUGUCAUAUGUGCAUUGAGUUUAUAGGGUCAAUUUUUCACAAAUGAAGUAGGUAGAAAACAUUACCUGUUGUAAAUCUGUAUUGAAAUGUUGAUGUUUUGUCCUCGUAACUAAAAUGAGUUAGUUUUUUUCA